AUGCAAUCUAACGCGGCCCAACUCCGAUCACAAUGGUCGAAUCCCGGAGACGUCCUAUCGCUCCUCCUCAUUAUCGGAGGGGACAUUGUCCAAAAGGCGCUCGCGCAAACGACAGCCGGCAGAAUACCGCCAGUCUGCUUCUCCUUCGGAUGGGUAGCGUACUCCUUCUCCACGCUCGUUGGAGUCAUCGGAGAUGGACGGCUGCUCCCUCCCCCGGAUUACCCGGUCAAAGUGUUCAAUCUGGAGUCGUCGUACGUGCGCGAAAACAAGAACUGGGUUAUAGGCCGGAUACUGCGAGACAACGAGGUGUUCAUGAAUAAGAGGGGAAGCCUUAAUGGCGCCAGCAUCAGGAUUUCUAUCUACACGGCCGAAGCUCCUUGGAAGAAAAGAAGUUUUAGUUUUGUCACCGAAAGAAUUUGGUUGUUCGUAACCGCCGCCCAGAUUGCUGUCGCUGUUGUACCUUUCGCUAAGGACGGUGAAUGGGGCGUCUUCCUCAUUACCCUCAGUGGCAUUGCUGCUGCGAUCAUUGCCGGCGAGCUGCCGCAGUGGAAUGUGGAGAAACUGCCCCUGAAACGAAAGAGUGGGAAGUACAUGGCGCUUACGAGUGGUAAUGGCUCGCGGGAGGUGAUGAUCAUCUACAGCGCCGGAGAAGCCUUGGACUUGGAAGAACUGGCGGCGGGAGAAAGCCCACGAUCAGAUCGCGUCUGGGAGGCCUCCUCUCUCUUCUCAGCACCUAAGAAGGGGCCCAAAGGCCAGAAGCUAUAUCACAAAAACGGCAGCGAAAUGCGCACGGCCUUUAUGUGGAGCGGUCUCCCGGUGGGACUCUGGGCCACUAGGAUCGUCUGCUUCUGUCAAACGAUAUUCUGGAUUGCGCUUCUUAUUACGGUAGCUGGUCUUCGGUCUCAUAGCUGGUACCUGGUGGGGGUGGGCGGCCUGGGGAUGCUACAGAACGCCGUGGUUGCUGCCGUUGCUCGAUCUCCCGAUCGCCGCGGCUUACCACUCACGUUAGUCGACACUAUCGUUACGCGCGGGACCAUGGACGGUCUGAUGGACCUGGAAAUGACGAUAAACGGAGCUGGGCAAGUGCUUUUAGACGAGUUCUUCCCCCGGUCCCUGCGAGAGAACGAGCUUGCAUGGUGGUCUGGCGACCAGGAUCCUUACGACAACCAACGCAUGGAGCAUGGGGGAAGAGGAAGACCGCGGUCCCGGCUGCCGAGGAAAAACAUCGAUAUUCCGGAUAUCGAUACGAGCGGGAAAGCGCGGCUGUAUAGACGCUCGUCCAGUUGGGAGUCUUCGGUACUCUCGGGAGAUAUGGAGCUGAGGACGGUUUCUCCGCCUCCGAUACCGCGGGACUUCGAGCCAGGUGCAAAUCCCUCUGCGAAGAGACCGGAGGUUUCUACGUAUUCUGCUCAGGAGUCUCCGAGGCCUCAGCUGCCCGCUCGAAAUGACCGUCGCGCAAAGCGGUCUGAGGAUUCGGUUAGGUCUCCCGACUGGGCCUGA